AUGAGCCCCAGACACCUCCCCGCCUCGACGAGCACGCUGCGGGUGGACAUCCGCGGGGCGGAGAUCGUGGACGAGGCCGAGGGGACGGAGACGAGCGACAUCUACCUGCCCAAGCACACCGAGUUCAUCUCCCACAUCGCCCUCGACAUCGGCGGCUCGCUGGCCAAGGUUGUCUACUUCACCCGUGCCGCCGGCCCCAGGGACAGCCCGCCCAGGCGACCGGCCGCCGAGCAGAGCCGCCCCCGGAACACGGAGCGCCCCCGGCCCGGCGAGCAGCCCUCCCGCUCCCAGUCCGCCGACUCCGCCUCCGACCCCGAGCCACCGCCGACCCGCCCCCACUCCUCCGCCCGCUCCUCCGUCAGCCAGCCCAACGGCAUCCUCAUCCCCACCGCCGUCCGCGACGAGCUCUACGCCAGCAGCAGGCCCACAUCCAGCGACCCCCAGCCUCCAGCAGAUCCGCCCAGCAGCAGCCUCGACGACCCCCUCCGCAACACGAACACGGCCACCCACGACCGCCUCUCCAGCUCCGCCUCCAUCUCCGCGAUCCCCGGCGGCAGACUCAACUUCAUCAAGUUCGAGACCGGCGCCAUCGAGUCCGAGUGCAUCACCUUCAUCGACAACCUCAUCCAGCUCUCCGCCGAGUCCAACCGCGUGCCCAUCGCGACGAUGAAGCGCGCCGUCAAGAUCAUCCUCACCGGCGGCGGCGCCUACAUGUAUGCCGAUCUGAUCAAGAACGCCCUCGGCGGGGACGUCGAGGUGCUGAGCGAGGACGAGAUGGACUGUCUGAUCACCGGGCUCAACUUCAUCACCGAGAUCCCAAACGAGGUCUUCUGGUUCUCCGACCAGCUCGUCCAGGAGAUCAUCCACAACACCCCGGCCGACCCGGCCAACGACAAUCUGCUCACCAAGCCCGCCUCCACCCACGAACAGCCAGACCAGGCCAUCGAGCAGUUCCCCCGCCCCUCCCCGAACCCGCCCCAGUACUCCCUCCUCUUCGACUCCAACCCGACCCCACAGUUCCCAUGCAUGCUGGUGAACAUCGGCUCGGGAGUCUCGAUCAUCAAGGUGACCCACUUCGGCAAGUUCGAGCGGAUCUCCGGCACCUCGCUCGGCGGGGGCACCCUCUGGGGCCUGCUCUCGCUGCUCACCGAGGCCAAGAGCUUCGACGAAAUGCUCGACCUGUCCCUCAAGGGCGACAACUCCAAGGUCGACAUGCUCGUCGGCGACAUCUACGGCCAGGACUACGGGAAAAUCGGCCUCAAAUCCUCCACCAUCGCCUCCAGCUUCGGCAAAGUCUUCAAGAAAAAAAAAAAAAACGCGCCCCCCAAUGAGCAGGGCCAGCCGCCGAGUAAGGCCGAGUUCAGGCCCGAGGAUAUCAGCAAGAGCUUGCUCUAUGCGAUCAGCAACAACAUCGGCCAGAUCGCCCAUCUGAAUGCCGAGAAGCACGGGCUAGACCGGAUCUACUUCGGGGGCUGUUUCAUCCGAGGCCACGCGGCGACGGUCUCCACGCUCUCCUAUGCGAUCCGCUUCUGGUCCAAAGGCUCCAAACGCGCCUUCUUCCUCAGACACGAGGGCUACCUCGGCAGCAUCGGCGCCUGGCUCAAGAACAUCGGCCACGAAAUCGACGCCGCUUCUAAUCCGCCGUCUCCGAUUCCUAAGCCUGCUUGA